UGGUGUUUCGAUACUAUAUAAUAAUUUCUUUCACACAAUCCCUCUAAUCCCAAUUGCACAUCCAAUAUUCGACUCAUCGAUUGCUUUCUUUCCCUUAAACCCUUAUUCUCUUUGUCUCUCUCUCUUGAUCGGUCUCUCUCACUCUUACUGGUUUCGAAAUUUCGGAGUAAUCUUGUGAGUUCCUCAAGCAAGCCACGCCCAUUGUCUUCCAUCCAGGUUCUUGUUCUAGUAUCUUUUCCUCUGAUACUUAAUCUUACUCAACAUGAACAUUUAUGAUCCUAGAAAUUGGGAUAAUCUCAAUACCGAGUUGAGAGAUUUAUUAGUUGAAAAGGGUCCUGUAAGAGAUUUGUUAGUGGAGAAAAGUCCUCAGCAUAAAUCCUCUGUGGGUUUCUCUUCAGAAUUUUACACUCGAAUUUUACCAAAUGGAGAGAAACAGGAUAGAGAAUGGCUGGUUUAUUCAAAGGAGGUUGAUAAAGCAUAUUGCUUUUGUUGUAACUUGUUUAAAGAAUGUCACCGAAACAAUCAGCUUGUGAAUGAAGGAAAUUGGGAACGAAUUAGUGCUUUGCUUAAAGAAAGUCCCCAGAGCUCUGAGUUAGCGAGUGAAGGAUGUAGAGAUUGGGGAAAUCUUAGUUUUUUCAUUAGAGAACAUGAAAGAAGUAUGGCACACAUCUUUAACAUGACAACCUGGGGUGGUUUGCGUCGUAGAUUUCAGAAAGAUGAAAGAAUCGACAAAGUUGUUUUUAAGCUAGAGAAAGAGCAUUGGCGGAGUGUAUUACGGAGAAUAAUUUCGGUUGUGAAAUUUCUUGCUAAGCACAACAUGACAUUUUUCAGAACAAUUGAGAGCAUGGAUCAGGAUGAUUGUGGAAAUCUUUCAAGCUUCAUUGAAAUGAUUGUGGAGUGGGAUCCUGUAAUGCAAGAGCAUAUCAGACGUAUUAAAAGAAAUGAGAUUCGUCAUCAUUAUCUUGGUUGUAACAUCCAGGAAUUGACGAUUAUUCUAGCUUCUGAAAUCAAAAGUUCAAUUGUCAGGAAAAUCAAAGAAGCCAAGUAUUUUUCUGUGAUUGUGGACUGUGCUCUUGAUGCGAGUGCUGAAAAAAAAAUGUUUUUGAUACUGCGAUGUGUGGAUGUUUUCACGAGUCCGAUAAAAGUUGAGGAGUACUUUUUAGAGCUUUUAAAGUUCAGCAAUACGUCUGAACAUGGACCUUUUGAACAAAUGCAGAAUCUGUUAAAAGCUCUUGAUCUUGAUAUUGAUGAUGUAAGAGGACAGGGAUAUGGCAUUGGAUCUCUGGUGAAAGGGAGAGCCGAAGGUAUACAAGAGAAAAUUUCGGUUAUAAAUCCAAGAGCAUUGUACACGCCAUGGGGUUGUCGUAGUCUUAAUGUAACACUCUGUGAUAUGGUAAACUCGUUUAGCAAACUGUUUAGUUUUUUUGGAUCCAUACAAUGCAUAUAUUCAGUGUUUUCUCAUUGUGCAUAGUGUUGGCAAAUUUUGGACAAUAAUGUGAAAGGUUUAGCUCUUGAACCAUUGUCAACCAAACACUGGGAGAGUCAACUGGAAUGUGUUAAAAGCAAUAAGAUUCCAUGCUUCAGAUAUAAGAGAAGCUUUACUUCAAGUAGCAGAUACUGAGUUUGACCUCGGACUAGUCCACCAAGCUAAUUCUUUAGCAACAUAUGAUCUUGAAUAUGAGUUCUUAUUAGGCAUGAUCAUUUGGUUUGAUAUAUUAUCUGCUGUUGACCUGGUUAGCAAGUACUUGCAAUCUAAAGACAUGCGUAUUGAUAUUGCUAUAACUGAAGUAAAGAGGCUGAUCAAGUUUUUUGAAAAGUACAGGGAGGUUGGGUUUACAGAGCAUUGAAUGUUGCUAAAGAAAUUGCCACCGAAAUGGAAAUUGAUUCUGUGUUUGAUGAAGAAUGUCAAAUUCGUAAGAGAAAACGUUUAGGCAAGAAUGCCGAUCAGUCAUCUCCUGAAUCACUUGAAGAAGGCUUCAGAGUGCAGUAUUUCUUAUAUACUGUGGAUCAAGUUACUGGUUUAUUGAAGAGAACUCUUGAACAGUAUCAAGCAUAUGAGGAUAUCUUUGGGUUUCUGUUUUGUUCUGAGAAGUUGAACUCAUUGGAGGAAAAACAUUUGAAAACUUCUUGUGGUCAUCUUGAAAUGUUUCUUAAUCAUGGGAAGUUUCGUGAUGUUGAUGGGAACAGCUUAUUUAAAGAACUGAAAUGCUUAAGGAAGCAGUUGCCAGAAGAAAAUAUGACAGCUAUCGAUAUAUUAAAUUUCAUAAAAGGACUGGACUUUCUUCCAAAUGCAUUCAUUGCCUAUAGAAUUUUGCUGACUAUACCUGUCCUAUUCACUUCCACUGAUGGUGAUCUUUCAAAAUUGGAGAUAUUGAAUUCUUACUUGCAAUCGCCAAUGUCACAAGAAGUUUUAGAUGGACUAGCUUUGAUUUCUACUGAGAAGGGAUUUCCAGAAAAACUUGACUAUGACAGUUUAAUCGAUGAUUGUGCAACUAAAAAUGCGAGAAGAACAAUCCUCAGUGAAUAGUGAUACAUUUUGCUCAGAGUAGUCAUUGUUUUUGUUGGAAGGUUUGCACUUUGGAAUUUCUAGAGGUUGGAAGGUUUCAGAUGCAUGUCAAUUGAUGAUGGUUUUGAAGUAUCUCCAGGGAGCAGCUUGCAGUUGAUAAGUGCAGAAGCAGUCUGAUAAGAUUUUACUGCUGAAUCUGCACAAAGGACAAAUGUAAUCGGGUUAAAGGCUGGAUUGAACAAGUCUUGUUUCUGCUGCAAGAAUCCACAAGAUUUGUGCUGAGUCUUUUCUCUGUUUUAGUUGUAUCAUUACUGGAGCUUCCAAUUUUAUCUGUAGAUAUUUCUUCGUUCCUGUUUGUUUGUGAAAUAUCAUUACUGUUUUCUGUUUCUGAAUUGUUUAUUGGAUGACUGUUUUCUAUCACAUAUAUUGUUUUUGUUCAGUAAAUUAUAGCACAGUUGCUAAAGAUAUAUUGGUUUUUGGUGAAUGCAGAGACUAUAUUUUACAUUUUAAUGACAUCUUCGUCACCUUUUCUAAUCCUUUUUUUCUAAAACUUCUAUUAUAUUUUUCUGCAAUUCAGCAUAAAACUUUCAACCUUGUUUAGACCCUCUUAAGUCUUAACAUAUGGUCUAAUUAAUAAUACUCCUCGAAAGUCUUUCUGAACAUAUAUCAUAGAUUGUUCUUUGGUGUUAUGCCACAUUUUACCGUUGUGGACGUAUACCAGGGAUUAUUUUGUUCUCAAUUUGCUGCAACUAAAGUUUCUGUCUGAUAUAGUCAUCCUUGGCUACU